AUGACCCACAGCCAGCAGUACUCCGGCCCUGCCCUGGCCCUCAUCUUGCUGGCCAUGCUGCUGGGCGGUGCGGCAUGGGCUUCAGAGAUCGUGGGUGGGCGGGAAGCCCAGCCUCAUUCACGGCCCUACGUGGCAUCACUGCAGAUAAUGGACAGCCACUUCUGUGGGGGCACCUUGAUCCACCCGAGGUUCGUGCUGACCGCGGCUCACUGCCUAGAAAACACACCCCAGACCCUGGUGAAUGUGGUGCUUGGGGCCCACAACUUGCGGAAUAUUGAGCCCAGCCAACAGCGGUUCAACGUCACCCGUCAGUUUUCCAACAACUAUAACUCAGAGCAGAAUCUCAAUGACAUCCUCCUCCUGCAGCUGGACCGCCCUGCCAACCUCAACGCUCAGGUUGCAGUUGCCCAGCUGCCCGAGCAGGACCAGCUGGUGCCCCAUGGCACCCAGUGCCUGGCCAUGGGCUGGGGCCGCCUGGGCACCCGUGCACCAUUGGCCCACACUCUGCAGGAGCUGAACGUCACCGUGGUCACCUUCCUAUGUCGGCCACACAAUGUGUGCACCUUCGUGCCCCGUCGAAAAGCAGGCAUCUGCUUUGGAGACUCUGGUGGCCCAUUGAUCUGUGACGGUGUCCUCCAGGCCGUGGACUCCUUCCUGAUCCGGGAGUGUGCCACGGGCCUGUUCCCUGACUUCUUCGCUCGUGUGGCCCUCUACGUGGACUGGAUCCAGUCCGUGCUGAGAAGCUCCGUGCUGGCCUCUGAGAUCGUGGGUGGCCGGCAGGCCAGGCCCCAUGCAUGGCCCUUCAUGGUGUCCCUACAGCGGCGCGGAACCCACUUCUGUGGUGGCACUCUAGUGGCCCAGAACUUUGUCAUGUCAGCCGCCCACUGUGUGAAUAACAGAGACUUCCAGACGGUGCGGGUGGUGCUGGGCGCACACAACCUGGGGAGGCCUGAGUCCACCCGGCAGGUGUUCAGCAUCCAGCAAGUCUUCGAAAACGGCUUCGACCGCCAGAGGCUGCUGAAUGACAUCGUGAUUCUACAGCUCAACGGGUCAGCCACCAUCAAUGCCAACGUGCAGGUGGCCAGGCUGCCUGCGCAGGGCCAAGGCGUGGAGAGUGGGGUGCAGUGCGUGGCCAUGGGGUGGGGCAAGCUGGGCAUGAACCGGCCAGCAGCCAGAGUCCUACAGGAGCUCAACGUGACUGUGGUGUCAUUCCUCUGCCGCCCCACAAACGUGUGCACGCUGGUGCAGCGCCGGCGGGCCGGCAUCUGCUUCGGGGACUCCGGUGGGCCCCUGAUCUGCAACGGACUGAUCCACGGGAUCGACUCCUUCAUCAGGGGAGUCUGUGGCUCUGGCUACUUCCCAGAUUCCUUUGCCGCCGUGGCACAGUACGCAGACUGGAUAAACUCCAUCAUCCGCCGCCAUGAUGCCCACCCUCAACUCCACCCCAGGGACCCUGCGAAGUGCCCCAGGCCCCGCCUGGGGCAGUGUCAAGGCCACAGCAGCAGCAUGGCAGAUCUCUCAGUGCACCUGGCAGCUCUGAUCCUCCUAGGAGCGGCCCUAUGUGUGGCACAGCCCCGCGGCCGGAUCCUGGGAGGCAGCCAGGCCAAGCCCCACGAGCGGCCCUACAUGGCCUCGGUGCAGGUGAACGGCACACAUGUGUGCGGCGGUUUCCUGGUGACGGAGCGGUGGGUGCUGAGCGCAGCACACUGCCUGGAGCAUGUGAACACCAAUGAGACCUUGGUGCAGGUGCUCCUGGGCGCACACUCGCUGUCACAACCUGAGCCCUCCAAGCAGCUGUACGAUGUGAUCCGAGCAGUGCCCCACCCAGACAGCCGGCUGGACACCAUCGACCACGACCUCCUUCUGCUGCAGCUCUCUGAGAAUGCCACUCUGGGCCCCGCCGUGAAGCCCCUGCCCUGGCAGCAAGAGGACCGAGAUGUGGCGGGUGGCACGCUGUGCGACGUGGCCGGUUGGGGCGUGAUCAAUCACUCGGGCCGAAAGCCCGACCUCCUGCAGUACUUGCUCCUGCCGGUGAUCAACCGUACCAUCUGCAACCUGCGCAAGUACCACGACGGCACCGUCACUGAGCGCAUGAUGUGUGCUGAGAGCAAACGAAACAUGGACAGCUGCAAGGGCGACUCUGGGGGCCCGCUGGUGUGCAACGGCGUGGCUGAGGGCGUGGUCACCUCGGGAUCCCGUGUGUGUGGCAACCCCAAGAAGCCCGGCAUCUAUACUCGUGUAGGAAGCUACACCGCCUGGAUCAACAGCGUGAUGGCUGGGGACGUGACCACCUGGGGAAAACCUGAAGGGCCGGGUCCCAAGGAGCAAUGAAGUCAUUGACUCCUGCAUCUGGUCAGACUUCACUUUUAUUUUAUUCCCUUUCCAUCGUGUUUAUUCAUUUGUUUUUGUUUUAAGAUUCUACGUAUAAGUGAAA